AUCAAAAUAAAUCUCGCGUGCGCAAAGCAUAAGAUAGUUGCAUUUCUCUAUGUUGACUUGCGCACUUGGCUUUCCCCCAUUGUUUGCUUCCAAGGCAAGCAAGCAACCCCAUGAAGAAGGCAGUCAAUUCGUUCGUUAGCUCACCCCGGCGCAUGGUGUACCGUAUGGGCGGCAUGGAGUGGUCGUCGCUGCCGGCCGACCUCCUGCUCGCCGUCUUCGCGCUCCUCCCCUCCGACGCCGACCGCAUCCGUUUCCGCGCCGUCUGCGCAGGGUGGGCCGCCGCCGCCGCCGCCUGGCGCCCUCGCCCCUGGCUUGUCGGCUCCUGCACCGACCGCUCUGGCCGGGGCGCCCACGCCAUGUCGUCCUUCUGGCUCUCCCCCAGUGGUAGCCUCGUGUCCUUCGCCGCCGCCGUGCCAGCGGGGCUCGAGUACCUCUCCUCGUCCAAUGGGUACCUCGCGCUCUCGGACCCAAGGACCAUCCCCAAGGCGAUCGUGCUCGUCAACCCCGUCACCGGCAGGCGCGUCCCCCUCCCGCCCAUCGGGUUCUUCAAGAAGUGGAUCGACGUGACCACCGUCGUGCUGUCAGCCGACCCGGACACGGCCGUCGGCCGCUGGGCCGCGGUGGUCGUCGGGUUCCCGACGACCUGCCUCGCGUACUACAGCUCUGCCACCGGGGCGUGGACGCAGCUGGACUUCAGCGUGGCCGGCUACGCGGCCGUCGAGCACUACAGGGGGCGGUUCUACGUGGCCUUCAAGUCCCAGAUCUGCGUCUGCGAGCUCGACGGUGACGCGCCUGCGGUCAUCCCGCUCGAGCAUGUUAACGCAGACGGCGACGACUCGGACGACGAGAAGGUCGCCCGCAGCGGCAGGCGCGUCGUCGAGACGCAUCUGGUGGAGUGCGACGGCGAGCUGCUGCUCGUCUCGGUGCUCGACGACGUGGUGCACAACUCGGACGACGAUAUGGGCUUGGGCCUCGCCGUCGACGACGAUGGCGACACCGGCGGCAGAUGGUACGCGCCCGUGGUGGAGGUGCACGGGGUGGAGUGGCUGGGGGACGGGACGGUGCGGCUGGUGCGCAGGGUGGACCUCGGCUGGCACGCGCUGUUCCUGGGGCGGAACCGCGCGUUCGCGCUCUCGCCGGCGGAGUUCCCCGCGUGCCGCGCCAACUGCGUCUACCUCGUUGACCGGCAGGGCCACCCCAACGGGCUCGUCAAGGUGGUGGACAUGGAGAGCCCGUGGGUGCGCAGCGAGGAGACGAUCUUCCCAGUCGACGGCCGGCGAGAGUCCCCUGCGGCAGGGUGGGCGCGCCGUGGCUGGUUCUUCCCCAAAUACUAGUCAUUGUUCUUAGGGACCGUUUCCAUCCAUACGAUCUGCAUCGGACGGACGAGAUUCUUUCUUCGACCUUUCAAUCAAUGUGCACUUUUCUUCUC